UUUCAUCUUCCGGUUCUCCAUGUUUCUCUGCCGUGCCAAAUAAUGAAGUAAAAAUUGCCACCCUACCGCACCAAAUAAUGAAGUAAAGACUAGCCUCCCUGCUAUCAUAAAACGUUGAUGUUAUAAAGAAGUUUCAACCAAUGGCCAUGUUCACUGCUUGGGUCGCGUGUAAAAGAACCUGAUGGCCCAGUUGCCAGAACACUUGAAGCCCGAGUGGGAGCUGUUCAGGAAUGAACCUUUGAAAGACCAGAUCCGCCGAGAGGUUCACCAGAACAAGCUGGACGAGAUUGACAGAGGCAGACGACAGCGCAGCGAGUUUUGGUGGGAGGCACAGCGCAAUGUGGAUGUGGUAGUUCCUGCUGAGUUCAUUAACCCCGACAGCCUUGACACUUUUAAUUACAGGUACCAGGUGUAUGCCCGCCCCCCACCUGUACAAUGCCAGCCGAAGUCUCUAGCAGAAGUGACGGACGAGCAGCCCCCACUGCGCUACAACGUCAAGCGAAUCGCCCAGGGCAAGCCUUGGAUGUUGACUGAGUCUCCGUGUUUCACUCACUGGGAGGAUAAGCCCUUCAUUGUGGAGUGCCAGCCGGCCGACGCCCACCUGAGCAGGAACAACUCCUGCCAACAGAGGAGGGCGCCAACUAAAUGCGGAGGUCAGGACCCACAGGAAGAUAAACCAAGCAAGGUCACGCCUUUUGUCUACGACAUCAACCAAAACAGAAAACUGCCCUCUGUAGACCAGCAGUGUCACCCAAACAAGGGAAACAAUCAAACUUCGCAGUGGCAAGAACAGGAGUUGCUGAUGCGCGACAAACCGUUUGCCCAAACUCUCCGUCCCCUACGACGUGGCGAAACCAAAGACCACCAGCAGAAUUGUGGGGAGACUAUCGAGAACAAUACAUGCAAUGCUGAAAGCUGUAGCAGCUGUACCAGCAUCUGCAGCCGGAGUAAUUGUUCGCGAGCUGGCUGUGGAAGAAAUGAUCAAAACCGCCCGCCGAUGGACCUGAGAAAAAGCGCGCUGCUCAACUCUUACCACACGUCUGCUGCGUGUGAUCAGACGUGGCAGCAGACGGAUCUCAAGGCCGCCAGCAGAAUGUCGUCACCCGUCUGCUGUGAUCUUGGCGAGGCUUCAGACGCCGGAUGUUUCCAGCAGAAUCAGCACGGCAGGGGAGAGAACGUCACCAUGAGCGCCCCGCCUGCCAACGUUUACCGCACGGAGAACGCGGUCUCGCUGGGUAACUUUGGCGGUUGUCAUGUCGGUGAUUCAGGUUUACACGCACUAGAUGCGGGAUCAAACACACACCAGCUCGAGGACAACCCGACAACUUUCUCGUGUUUCAGCCCGGUCGCCGACCUCAACAACAACAAACGCGCCAACAGCAGAAGUUCAGUGACGUCAAAUGACCAGCUUAAUACCCCCACGGAGGGGAGGGUCAGCAAAAGGUCCCAUAAAAAAGCUGGGGAGUACACUGACCAGGGCAAGAUGGACAACGUGGCCAAACUCUGGGACGUCAACCUGAGCCCCGCAGCCAGCAGACGUGAGGCAGUCCCCAGACCUUUCAGCAGCUGUGACGUCAGACUCGGCCGCAGGUUUGGGUACACCCUGCCAGCCAAGAUCGACAGCGUGGCAGACAUCUUUACCGGAAGUAACGUCUGCUCCUCCCCAUCGAUGUCUGAUUCCAAAAGGCUUCCACAGGUCAAUGCUGGACAAGAUGGCAGCGUCGCUGGCCAGGUACUGACCCCUCUGACGUCACAACAUGAUGGCGCGAGGGACACGAGAAGGUUCGGGAAACGAACGGGGUACACCGGGCCCGCUAAUGUCGACUCGGUUCACCAGCUAUUCAACACCGACAACUCGAUCAAGACCUCGGGCACCCAUACUGGCGCCAAGAGGAACUGCAGUGCCGGCAGUUACCGCUCCUUGGUGUCGUCAGACAGCAUGAGGAAUCUGAUUGGCUACCAAGUAGCAGAUAUCAACAACAAUCACCACCUCUCUGACAGCGGAAAUGUAGGACAAUCUGGAGAAUGCGUCAUGUGGGGGGCAUCAACUGACAUCUGUCAUACAUGUAGCACCCUGCAGGAGAUGGCACGGUGUCCACUGAGCACAAUGGAGACUUCCAUCAAUGGCAGCGGCGACCAUUUCCUCAUCGAUGUUUUCAUUCUGGACCACACGUCACAGGCCCCCACGUCACAGGCUGGACCUACAGUUGCCGGACAUUUGGGCGGCCGUGUCUCAAGGUCACGUGGCACUAGGUAUCGAGGUGACGGGGUAUCGAUGUGCACCAACAACAACGCCCUGGACUCCCCGCGGGAGCACACCUACAGGGUGCGGUGCUGCCCCCUCAAGCCGUGCGGCCCGCGGCCGGGAGGUAGCGGCAGGAUCGUCUGUUACGCCGAGGAUCGAAUCCCGGCCACAGACGUGAACAAAUGUCUGACAUGUGACUUGGACACGCCCCACCCCACGUCAGAUCCCAGGGGACUGGUGUGUCGGACUGUGCCCCCCAGCAUACCCGGGGGUAAGCCAGCUUUUGUCUGCCACAAGCCAGCCCGGCCAAAGACACCAGAGAUUGGCUACGGGACCUACAAGAUAGUCGGGGGGAGGCCGUACCGGCUCCCACCCCCGGAGGACCUGCUGAGCACCCUGAAGCUGCCGCGGAAGUUGGACGAGUAUCAGGAGUUCAUUCGGCGCUGCCCCAACUUCCAGGUGAGCCGCUACGACAGGUCGGACCCGGCCUACGAGAUGUUGCUGCCCGCCAACAAGGCCUCGACUCUCCUACAGGCCUCGCUCAGCCCUUUCGUCUACGCCAAGAACCCCCGGGCAGGGAAGUACCCGCCCCUGUUCCACGCUCCACCUACAGGGGAGGACAUACACUGGCACCUCCCUUCCUUUCUCUCCCCAACCUCUCAAUAGUUGAUGGUAGAAGGGACCCAUCUAAAUCUGGGGAGGGGGGGGGGGGGUGUUUAAGAGGCAUUGCAAAUGGUCUGAAAGAAACCCUGGUUAUAUAUCAAGUGUGAUAGCUGUAAGGCAUCUGUCCAAGCCCCACUACAAAGUUCACAGCUAGAGUAGUGUUGUUAAAUCUCUCAACUUCUGAUGUAAUCUACACAACAUGGGAUACUGUUGUUAAAUCUCUCAACUUCUGAUGUAAUCUACACAACAUGAGAUACUGUUGUUAAAUCUCUCAACUUCUGAUGUAAUCUACACAACAUGAGAUACUGUUGUUAAAUCUCUCAACUUCUGAUGUAAUCUACACAACAUGGGAUACUGUUGUUAAAUCUCUCAACUUCUGAUGUAAUCUACACAACAUGAGAUACUGUUGUUAAAUCUCUCAACUUCUGAUGUAAUCUACACAACAUGGGAUACUGUUGUUAAAUCUCUCAACUUCUGAUGUAAUCUACACAACAUGAGAUACUGUUGUUAAAUCUCUCAACUUCUGAUGUAAUCUACACAACAUGGGAUACUGUUGUUAAAUCUCUCAACUUCUGAUGUAAUCUACACAACAUGAGAUACUGUUGUUAAAUCUCUCAACUUCUGAUGUAAUCUACACAACAUGGGAUACUGUUGUUAGUUUAAUCUCUCAACUUCUGAUGUAAUCUACACAACAUGAUGUGAUACUGUGUGAUGAUGUGUACUGAUUCAACAACAAGAAAUGUCAACAAAAGUAUACAAUCUUAAAAUGUUUAUUUACAACCAGUACAAAGUACAGAUAAACAGAUCCAGCAGCCCAACAGGAGGGGGCGUCAUUGGUUCACACAUAGACAGCAAGUGCUGGGUGUGAACCUUGAGUGACUUGCCCUUGUGUUGGGAGAGAACAAUAUUGUAAUACAAACUGGUCCUACAGGGGAAACAAUCCAAUUAGAUAGAAAAUGAUAUAUUGUUUCACUUAUACUGUUUUUGUGGCAUUUUAAUACAUAUACAAAUACUAUUUAGUACACUUGAAUACUUUUUUGUGUGCCAGAACUUGAACCAUACAACUUAAAAAAUUAAUUAAUACAUUAGUCAGGUCUGUUUAAAAAAUUAAUCUGACCAAGUAAAAGUGAUCAUUUCAAUUUCACAAACAAAUGUUUUCCAGAUUUGUAUCUGAGACCAGCAAUUUGCUGCUGUACACAUUCAAGUGCAAUAAAUGUUUCCCACAAGCAGAAGUUGAUUUGGUUUCUAUCCAACAGCUUCCAAUGAUUUUAUUCAA